CCCUACGUACAACAAUCUUCCUUCCGCUAUCCACCCGUCUUUAUCGCAGAGACGGUUAGUCAAUAGUCAAACAAACACCUGCAAUCUCCAGUGGAUACAUGACAAAGAAAUCAAUCAUUUUCACGUUGAUCAUCUAAACAAAAGUUUUGUCCGCCUAGGGUUUUGGCCGAAUGUAUGAGAAAUAAGAAUCAGAAAUGGCUCGAGAGAAGUCGAAUCUUGUACGGCCGCGAUUCCUGAUCUUCUUCCUAAUUGGUUCACUUCUUAUCUUCAUUGUCUUCUCCUCCUUCUUUCACCAGGAGGAAGAGGCAGUGGAAGAGGUAUACGACGUUACACAUAGAGUAUACCUGGAUGUGGAUGUUGAUAAGCAACAUAUAGGAAGAAUUGUUAUCGGAUUGUAUGGUGAUGUUGUGCCAAAAACUGUUGAAAAUUUCCGAGCUCUAUGCACAGGGGAAUUGGGAAAAUGUGCUAGUGGUAAACCGCUACACUAUAAAGGAACACCAUUCCAUCGGAUCAUUGUCGGCUUCAUGAUUCAAGGAGGAGAUAUUGUCUACCGUGACGGGCGUGGAAAUGAAUCCAUAUACGGUGGCACAUUUCGUGAUGAGAAUUUUAAAAUCAAACAGUCACAUGCAGGUAUGGUGGCUAUGGUGAAUACGGGACCAGAUUCCAAUGGCUCACAAUUCUUUAUCUCCACAGUUAAGGCCUAUUGGUUGGAUGGGGAACAUGUUGUGUUUGGUGAAGUGAUUGAAGGGAUGGAUAAUGUGUGGGCGAUAGAAGGAAUGGCGGGCACUUACAGUGGCAAACCUCGUAAAAAGGUGAUCAUUACUGAUUCCGGUGAAAUCCCAAGAAGCGAAUGGAAUGUCGUCGACACCACUAGUGAAUCAUGACAGUUGGUUGCACAAAAAAAGUAGCUAGAGUUUUGGGUUUUACUUUUUAGAUAGCUUGAUCAGUAUCAUCUCUUUUUGACCUCUGUUACUGAUACAUCUCCAUUUGAAGUAAAUAAGGGUUGAAUAAUAAUUAUAUUUUAGGUUGCUCUCUCCA